AUGGCACGCGUAUAUGCAGAUGUCAACGAACACAUGCCCAGAUCCUACUGGGAUUACGACAGCGUCAAUAUCUCUUGGGGUUCGUUGGAAAACUACGAGGUCGUGCGGAAGAUUGGUCGCGGAAAAUACUCUGAAGUUUUCGAGGGUAUUAAUGUCGUGAACUACCAGAAAUGUGUCAUCAAGGUGUUAAAGCCAGUCAAGAAGAAGAAGAUCAAGCGUGAGAUCAAGAUUCUCCAGAACCUGGCGGGCGGACCCAACGUUGUGGCGCUGCUGGACGUUGUCCGCGACAGCCAGAGCAAGACGCCAAGUCUCAUAUUCGAAUACAUCAACAAUACCGAUUUCAGGACGCUCUAUCCCCGCUUUUGUGACUACGAUGUCCGUUACUACGUUUACGAGCUGCUCAAGGCGCUAGAUUUCUGCCACAGCAAGGGCAUCAUGCACCGCGAUGUCAAGCCGCACAAUGUUAUGAUCGAUCACGAACGCCGCAAGCUUCGAUUGAUCGAUUGGGGUCUGGCGGAAUUCUACCACAAGGGCACCGAGUACAAUGUCCGAGUUGCAUCAAGGUACUUCAAGGGACCUGAACUGUUGGUUGAUUACCAAGAAUACGAUUACUCUCUGGACAUGUGGUCUCUGGGCGCCAUGUUCGCCUCGAUGAUCUUCCGCAAGGAGCCGUUCUUCCAUGGAAACAGCAAUACAGACCAACUGGUCAAGAUCGCCAAGGUUCUGGGGACUGAGGAGCUUUUCGAGUAUCUUGACAAGUACGAUAUCGAGCUGGAUUCGCAGUAUGACGAUCUUCUGGCGCGCUACCCUAAGAAACCAUGGCACACCUUCAUAAAUGCGGAGAACCAACGCUUUGUGAGCCCCGAAGCCAUUGACUUCCUCGACAAGCUGCUCAGAUAUGAUCAUGCGAACAAUGCUUCUUCUUCGCAAUCUUAA